UGACAGUAACAGAAAAAAUGUUUAUUCCCUAGUUCUGUGAUUGUUCCAAGUUUUCUUAUUUAUAUUAUAAUUUAAAAAACUAUUGUAUCCUAUUUAAUUAUUAAAUCAUUCUUAGAGUGGCGAGAAAGUAGAAUUUAAGGUAUUUAGAGGAAGGGGACUAGAUUAAAAGUAAACAAAACAGCAUCAGACAAGUAUAAAAACCCGAAUUUUUUAAAUAAUUUUACAUCAUGUUUGGAAAGCCGUUUGGGGCCGCAGCCCCAAGCACAUCUUUCAAUUUUGGACAAAAUACUUCUACUGCAAACCCUUUUGGCCAGACUCAAAGCUUAUUUGGUAAGCCAGCUACAGGCUUUGGAGCUCCAUCCACGUCAACUUUUGGCCAAUCAACCACAUGGAACACUACUAGUGGUUUUGGCACUGCCCCCACAACACAAAGUAGUUUUGGUUCAGGUGGGUUGUUUGCUCAGCAGCCUGCUAGUGGUGGGUUAUUUAACUCUUCAACAACGUUUGGACAACAAAAUAAGCCGGCAAGUUUUGGAUUUGGAACUGCUCAACAGAAUACAAGUUUAUUUGGUGCUCAGCAACCUCAAACAUCAAGUAUAUUUAACACAAGUGGUAAUACUGGUCUCUUUGGUGUUAGUGGUUCAUCUUUUGCAGCUCAGCAAUCUGGUACAGUUAUUAAAUUUAACCCUGUGAGUGGAACUGACACCAUGAUGAAAAAUGGAUCUGCACAAAAUAUUAAUACAAAACACUACAGCAUUACGUGCAUGAAGGAAUAUGAAAAUAAAUCAUUUGAAGAGUUACGAUUUGAAGAUUAUCAAGCUAAUAGAAAAGGUCCUCAACAAUCAACUGCUUUUGGAUCACCAGCAUUUGGUGCUGCUCCCACUUCAUCAGCACCCUUGUUCGGACAAACCGAUGCAAAUAAAUCUGCAUUUGGUCAAUCUACUAGUUUUGGGCAACCUUUUGGUCAAACUACUACAAGCACUUUUGGAUUGGGCAAUCAGCAAGCUGCAACAACUAGCCCAUUUGGGGCAAAACCAACUGCAUUUGGUACGCCAACUAGUAGCACAAAUUUUGGUUUUGGAAGUAAUGCUCCGCAAAAUGCCAAUCCCUUUGGAUCAUCGCCUGCUAGUAAGCCUUUUGGAGCAGCUGCAACAACACAACCAUUGUUCGGGUCAAGUACAACUCAAACAAACACUGGAUUUGGGACUGGACUGUUUUCUAAUACACAGAAUACUGGGACAAAUUUAUUUAAACCCCCUCAACCCACCACUGGUUUUGGAGCGGCUCAAACAGGAUUUGCAUUUAAUAAUCCUGCAUCAACUCAACCCAGUCUCUUUACAACAUCAAAACCUCUUUUUGGAGGAGGAACUACUAGCACAGCUCCAGCCUUUGGUUCGUCAAUGUCUUUUGGCACAAAUACAACUGGAUUUGGUAGUGGAACUAACUUUGGAAAACCUGCUGCUCCUGUUUUUGGUGCCACACAACCUAGUGCAUUUGGAACAAGUUUGGGAGGAGUAACCACUAAUCAGAAUACUGGUCUUUUUGGAAAUGCAAAUCAGCCGAAAACUGGACUUUUUGGCAGUACUGGCACUACAGGUUUGUUUAAUACAAGCACCAACAUGUUUCAAAAUAACGCCUUUGCUCCACAACAACAACAGCCAUCACUCUUGACCCAACCAGAACAACAUUCCACUAAUCUGGCUUUGUUGACUAGCGACCCGUUUGGAGAUGCACCACAUUUGGCCGGUUUGGAACCAAAAUUUAAAUCAAAUACCGCUGCGGUUUCUGCUACGGAUCCGAAGGAACUAAAAUCUUUACUUGAUCCCUCAAAAAAAGUCGAUAUGUCGCACAAUUCUAAACUGAAGGUUACACCAUUGAAAAAUAUUAGGGACAGCUUAUUCGAUUCUAUAUCUUCACCGGACGAUAACAAGUCACCUUUGACGGGCUACCCGAAAACCAGUUGUCGCAGAUUAAUCUUAAAACCUCGGGGAAAUACCGACAACGUACCGUCGUUGAGUUCGUCCAACAUUUUGGACGUGUUGAGCGGUGAAAAUAAGGAGAACACUGAUAAAAAUAAAACUAUACCAGAGGAAACCAGAGAGAACAAUCCGUUAAGACUACACUUUGAGACGACACUGCACAACGACAGUGUUGCCAAUAAUUCGAUUGAAACGCAGACCUACAACAUUAUUAGUUCAACCACCAAGGAUCCUUAUGAAGUAAAUGAUUCACUACCACCGCCCUCUGAUGAUGAAGAUGAUGUUAUUGCAAAACAAGGUGCCGGUGAUUCGGUAAAGAAGCAUCCUGCAAAUUUGGUGUGUACCAGACCAGAAUACUAUACGUUACCGAACUUGGAUGAUUUAUUGCCAGAUGAACAUGGAAGGUGUUUUGUUAAAGGAUUCACUGUUGGCAGGAAAGGUUAUGGAAAUGCUUAUUUUCCGGAUGAAAUGGACGUCGCUGGACUAAAUAUCGAUGAGUUGGUUCAUUUUAGAUACCGAGAAAUUAAUGUUUAUCCAGACGAUUCUAAGAAGCCGCCUGUAGGACAAGGAUUGAAUAGGAAGGCUCAGAUUACUUUAGACAACGUAUAUCCCAGACGAACUGGAUCCAAUGUUUUAAUCAAAGAUGUUGCCGAAUUACAGCAAAUGAAUUUUUCGGAAAAACUGAGAAAAGUGACGGAGAAGAAAAAUGCCCGGUUUGUCGAUUAUAGACCAGAAACAGGAAGCUGGGUUUUCAAGGUUGAUCAUUUCUCCAAAUAUGGCUUUAACGAUAGUGAUGAAGAAAACGACCAAAAUAAUGCUGAUGGGAAAAAGAAGCCAAUUCAAAAACCGAAACCGUUGGAAAUGGCACUUGUUCCUGUGGAGACAAAGUCCCAUGCUGAGGAAAAAUUAAAAGGGAGAGAAAGUAGUUCAACUGACACUUCAGCAAGAACACAACCACCUGCAACCACUACUUUUGGGUUAGACAAAGACAUCUUGCUUGACGACGAAGAACAGGAAGACAACGACCUAUUGCAUCACAGUAUGUUCGUGGACGAUACAUCAGAAGAAGACUAUCAUCAGAUCCCCACAGAAAUGCCUCUAGAUCUACAUUUUGGCUCUUAUAAAAACGCUAAAAAUAUACAGGUUAUGAAAUCAACUCUUUUUGCUGACGAUGACCGGUCUUCUGAAGGAGCAGCCAGUCACGUUUCCAUCAUCAAACAGUAUCUAGAUCUGCCCGAAAUGGAGGAUAUGACAAGGUUGCCAUCAUUAGAAGAAGAGAGUGUGAUUAAAAAAAGGCCAGUAAUUAGACCGAAAGUCGUGAAGGUUUUGAAUAGUUAUGAUACACUGGGAUGUAAUACUUCAGUAUUGCCAAACAGGUGUUGCGUGGAUAUGGGAAUGUUCAAAGGCAAAUCUUUCAAUGUCGGUUGGGCAAAAGGUUUUAAAUUUUAUUCUUUGGAUAGAGAUGAGAAAAAUCUAAACAGCGAAUUGUUUUUGAAACAGUUUGAUGCAUCCUCAAGUUUCGAUCCAUUAAAGGACAUAUUAACUGAUUCCCUUAAAAUCGUUCUUGCUGAAUCAACUUGCUACGUAAACACCGCCAAAAUUCCGUUAUUUAAAAUCCUGAAAAGUGACGUAUACCUCCGAAAACAAACUGAACUCUUUGAAAAGUUAUCGACCCAAUACAACAGCUCUAAAGCUAAUUAUUUGCAUAGCAUUUGGACGCUCUGCACCGCACUUUGGGGCCCAAGUGAGAACACUGUUGCCAACCGAAGAUAUUUAUUAACCGAAUGGCUUAAAACUACCUGCAAUUCCGACGACAUUACUUUAAACAAAGGUCCUUUUAAGUCUGCAGAGGACGCAGCUCAAAUGAUAUUGGUCUAUUUGUCGAUUUUUAAAACCUUUGAAGCUGCAGGAAUCGCAAUUGAUAAUAAAAUGCCAAAUUUAUCACUUUUGCUGUCUCAAUUGAGCGUGGCAAACGAUCCUAAAGGUUUUAUUCAAGAGCAAAUUGAGAUUUGGUAUAGUUCUUUGGCUUCUAACCAUAUAUCCAAGGAAAUGAAAAAGUUGUAUUUGCUUUUGGCAGGAAUACCUACAAAGGAUGAUGUGAAUAUUUUUGAGGGUAUAAACUGGAAGAGAGCAUUUGGAAUGCAUUUAUGGUACAUUAGUCCCAAUGGUGCACCAAUAGAUAACGCUACCGAAUUGUAUACAACAGCCUUUGAAGAAUAUGGCUAUGCUGAAAGGCCAAAUCCUCCAUACGUACAAGACUAUGUAGAAGACGGACCUUUUGAUAUAAUAUACCAUAUUCUGCUUCUAUAUAAGUCAGGAAUUCAUAAGCUCGGCAGUGUUUUAAAUCCGGCCACGCAUACAAAGGAUCCCUUAGACUACAGGCUUAGUUGGCUUCUUUUACAACUGUUUCUUUCGAUCGACGUGGGUUUGAUAGAUACGUCAGAAAAGGAUAAACUUAGCGUUAGUUUUUCAAACCAAUUGGAACACUUAGGCCACUGGGAGUGGGCGAUUUUUGUACUUCUUUACUUGGAAGACGAUUCCGCUAAGAAAAACGCCAUCAUUGGCAUUUUAGAUCGCAAUUUAACUGUGGAUGUGGAAGAUAAUUCUCAAGACAUUAUCGAUUUGCUGGUAAACGAUAUGAAAAUUCCUACCGACUGGAUACACUCUGUCAAAGGUCAGAAAUCUUACGCUUGUGGGCGAUAUUUCGAAGCUUUCAAUCACUAUUCUCUAGCCGAUGAUUACGUAACGGCUAAUCAAGUGUUCGUGGAUCAUUUGCUUUCUAAUCUAUUCAUCAACGAACAGUUUGACGUACUGAGAAGUCUAACGGAAAAGAUUAAACUUGGAUCGCACGAUAUCCAGAACUGGAACAAUGAGACAGCGCUUAUUCUGGAUUAUUUGGAUUUGUUAGAACAGUCUAUUACAUCAGACAACUUAAUUAAAUUGCAAGUCAACCUAGCUUCUAUUAGUGAAAGGAUAGUUAACUUUCCUUUAACUUCGAAUCAGCAUAAAGUUUGUGCUGCAGAGUUGUCAAAGAAAUGUGUCUCAUUAUAUAAAGAAUUAUGCGAGAAAUCUCAAGCUACUUUACUGAAGGACUCUUUCACAGAAUUUAUUGAAAACCUGAUUAUGCCGCCUGAUUUUAAACAAAACGAGGGAUUAUACUUGAUACAUAAUUUUCACAAUAUUAGGAUCUGUAGGCAAUAAAUAUUUUUAAGUUUUUAAAAUAAGAGAUAUACAAUUUUUUUAUUAAUUUUUUGGUGAGACAGUUUACACAUUUUUCCUAUAUAUCAUAUUCAAUAUGUACUAUAACGUUUUAAAACAUGUUACAUCUUUCUAAUUAAAUGUGGCAUUUUGUUGGUAGUAGAUAAAAACAUGGAAAAUGGUAUUUGAACAUUAUAAAUUCUUAAUAGUUUUGCCUGAAAAUGAUUAAUUUUAUUUCUUUAUAUGCUUGUCGUUUAAGCCGUUAACUAUGUAUUUUUUGUGUUAUAAUAAAGACUGUAAGUUUCA